AUGUACAAAAUCGGCAAUAUAUACUUCAUUGCCGCCGUCGCCGUCAUCGGCGGCGCGCUAUUUGGCUUCGAUAUUUCUUCCAUGUCAGCUAUCAUCUCGACACAGCCGUACCUCUGCCAGUUCAAUCAGCUUGGCCGUAACGAAAAGAACCUGUGCAUCGGUCCUACCAACGAUGUCCAAGGUGGUAUCACAGCCGCCAUGCCUGGUGGAUCGUGGCUCGGUGCUCUCUGCUCUGGUUUUGUCUCCGAUACUUUCGGUCGCAAACGCUCUAUUCAGAUAGGUUCUGUGAUUUGGAUUAUUGGUUCGAUCGUCGUCUGCGCCUCGGUCAACAUUCCCAUGUUGGUUGUUGGGCGCAUCAUCAACGGAUUUUCGGUCGGAAUAUGCUCUGCCCAAGUCCCUGUUUACAUCUCCGAGCUCGCCCUUCCUUCGAAGCGUGGUCGCCUUGUCGGCUUCCAGCAAUGGGCUAUUACCUGGGGCAUUCUGAUCAUGUUCUUCAUCUGCUAUGGUUGCUCGUUCAUGAGGACGGCCGCCUUCAGAGUUCCUUGGGGUCUUCAGGCCAUUCCUGCCGCCCUCCUUUUCCUCGGCCUUAUCUUCCUCCCUGAGUCGCCCCGCUGGCUUUGCAAGAAGGACAGAUGGGACGAGGCAAAGGAGGUGCUCACCCUGGUUCACGGAAAAGGAGAUCCCAACUCUCCGUGGGUGCACCGUGAGAUGCAAGAGAUUCGCCAGAUGGUCGAGUUUGAGCGCGCCAAUGCUGAUGUCAGCUACUUCGAGCUACUCAAGCCCAACAUGAUUAACCGGACCUCAAUUGGCGUUUUCACUCAGAUAUGGUCUCAGCUAACUGGUAUGAAUGUGAUGAUGUACUACAUAACCUACGUCUUCACAAUGGCCGGUCUUGCCGAUGGAAGUGAGAAUGCCGUCCUUCUCCCUAGCGGUAUCCAGUUCGUCAUUAACGUCGUCAUGACGAUACCGGCUCUUCUUUGGAUGGAUCGCUGGGGCCGUCGUCCGACCCUCCUGGUUGGUGCAUUCUUCAUGUGCCUCUGGCUCUGUGUCAAUGCCGGCUUGUUUGCUGUCUACUCACGACCUGCCCGCCCUGGCGAGUUCACUUCUCCGGCCGAAUCCAUGGCUAUUACUGGCGCCCCAGCCAAAGCCAUCAUUGCUUCAACCUAUCUCUUCGUCGCAUCUUUCGCGCCCACCUGGGGUCCUGUUUCAUGGACCUACCCCCCGGAGCUGUACCCGCUUCGUCUCCGCGGAAAGGCCGUUGCCCUCUGCACCUCCGCCAACUGGGCUUUCAACUUUGCCCUUGCUUACUUCGUUCCUCCUGCUUUUGCUAACAUUACCUGGAAAACCUAUGCCAUCUUCGCUACCUUUUGCGCGGCCAUGUUCAUCCACGUCUUUUUCAUGUUCCCUGAGACCGCCAACAAGCCCCUUGAGGAGGUCGAGGAAAUUUUUGACGACACCAAGCCCGGAGCCAUCAAGUACAUCGGCACGCCCGCUUGGAAGACGAGAAACACCCGCAACCUUACGCUCAAGCAGGAGCACAACGAUACUCUAUCGUCGGAGGAGAAGGCGGGCUUUGAGGAGCAUGCCCACAAGGAAACCACUGGCAGAUAA